AUGGUUGCGGUGGAUCCAAAGUUUAAGAAUGCUGGAAAGCAACGUGGCCUCGAGGUCUGGCGCAUCAAGGUUUGUUGCCAUAACUUAUAGAUGACUCAUAAGUUGUGGCAAAUGUUCAUGACAAUGAUAUAUGAGUUUAAAGUUUGCGUUUUUAACUAAUCGUAAACACUUGAAACUUGAUAAGCUAUUUGUUUCAGAAGUUCGACUUGGAGGUCGUGCCCAAAGAACAAUUUGGAAACUUUUACUCUGGCGACUCUUACAUUGUUCUGAACGUAAGUCAUGACCAUUAAGCUGACCUUUAAGUAGACGAAAAACAAUGACAACUGGGACGUCCACUUCUGGUUAGGAAGGAACACCACCCAAGACGAGGCUGGAACGGCCGCCAUCAAAACUGUAGAAUUGGACGAUUGCCUCGGUGGCAUUCCUGUACAAUAUCGAGAAGUCCAAGACCACGAAAGUGCACUCUUCUUAUCGUACUUCAGAGACGGGAUCAAGUAAUUUUUUCAUUUAAAAAUAAUUUAAAAGCAAUAUGUUCAAUCACAUCAUGUAAUCUUUUUUAGAUAUCUCCAAGGAGGUCACGCUACCGGCUUCAACCACGUCGUUGACUCUUACGAUAACUACAAACCCAAGCUGUUCCAAUGCAAAGGAAAACGGAACGUACGUUGUACUCAAGUAGACUGUAUCAAAGAAUCCCUGAACUUGGGAGACGUGUUUAUUCUUGACUGUGGCCUCGACAUCUUCGUAUGGAUGCCUCCAGAGUCCGGAAGGUUAGAAAGAAUGAAGGGUGUGAACCAGGCCAAGAGUAUCAGGGACCAAGAGCGUGCUGGUCGACCAAAGAUCCACGUUGUUGAUCAAGAAUGGAACACUCAUCACGCCUUCUGGAAGCCAUUUGGAGGUAACCAAUGGGCUUCUUGGGUCAAGACUCCACGAGCUGGUGGAACUGACGAGAACUACUGGAGAGAAAAGGGAGAAGCCGUAACAUUGUGGAAGGUUUCUGAUGCUAGCGGAACCUUACAAGUCACUAAAGUCAACCAGGGUCAUCAGAACAUCAAGGAUCUUAACACUAAUGUAAGGCAAUCCAAUAUAUUAACAGUACUUUUUAUUUGUGAAACAUGUGUGUAGUAAAUUAAUUAUACGCAGAAUUGUUGUAGGACGCGUUUAUUCUUGAUGCUGAUCAAGGAGGUCUCUUUGUAUGGAUUGGGAAGGGAGGUACCCAACAAGAACGGUCCAAAGCCCAAAAAUGGGGUCAAGAAUACCUUGAACAACAUGUAUGUUAUAAGAAACCAAUUUUAAUCUCUUUUAUAGUUGUUGUACUUUUUCGCAUAAAUUAUGGUAUGCUUUGCAGAAAAGAAACAAGUAUACCCAGGUAGUAAAGGUCUUGGAAGGUGCUGAACCUCAAAGCUUUACUCAAUGGUUCUCGAACUGGAACGAUGCCAAAAAGACCUCCAACUUCAAGCCAAAACUUUUCAAUGUUUCUAAUGAAACUGGAAAGCUCGUAGUAGAGGAGAUCGCCGACUUCUACCAAGAAGACUUGGACACAGACGAUGUUAUGAUCCUGGAUGCCCUCAACACCAUCUACGUCUGGAUUGGAGAUGGAGCCAAAAAAGCUGAGAAAGACGCCGCCAACGAAACUGCCAAGAAGUAUCUGGACACGGACAAGAUUCCUCGUCACAAAACCGCCACCAUCGACAUCUUAUACCAAGGCAAAGAAAACCCAGGCUUCAAGAAGCUGUUCCCCGAAUGGGACGACAAGAUGUGGGCGAAGGUAAUGUGACAAUGACUAUGAAAUAAAAUUCUCUAUUAUAGAUUACUUUUUAGUUAUUUAUAGUAGAAAUCAGAGUGAUUUACUAGUUUUUUACAUAACUGGGGUUAUUUCACCUCAUAAGACUAAUCCAAUUGUUUUCAGCAAGAGAAGAACUACAAGAACCUACGAGAACUCCUCUUCUAA